UUUUCUGCUUUCGACUCACGAAAAGGAGAUUUGUUGGAUCAAUAUUAUUUUUAGCGGUGCUGCAACGCUUUCAGCGAAGGUCCUCUCUUUGCUACAUUCCUCCAGUUGUGGAAUUGCUCUUCAAAGAAGUAGCUAGUGUCCGUGUUUUGGCAGAGGAUCAAAAAUGCCGCAGUUGACAGAGUUUACCGAUGAGGAGUUGGAAACCGUUGAGGAGACAACCAUGGAGCGCCUGUGGGGACUGACCGAGAUGAUCCCUGAGUCUGCAUACUCAGUCACCAACACAACAUACGCUGGUGGCAAGGCGAUACUAAAGUUUGUGCGUAGCUCAAUUUGGAUCGUGUCAACGUCACUAAUAGUGCUUGCACUGCCGGCUGCUCUGGAGGCAGAACGUGUCAACAUGGAGAUCUCUCGUGAGCAGGAGCAGAGACAGGCACUGUUUGGAGCACAGCAACCACCGAUGUAACCACAGCACGUACUCUGAAACUGACUUACUCGCGGGUUACGAGGGGCAACGUUCUAACUUCUUGCCCUUUGCGAAUACAAUCACAGUGCAGCCGCUUUACACACACCUGGAGGAGCUUGUUCAAACUCCCAACAUUGACUCUUUGUCUCCAUGCUCUCUGAUCGUGACCCAUUUCAGAUCUAUCACCGUGCGUUGAUGGAUCACCCAGUGCUUGCCUAUCCCAGCUAUCACAGCUUACUAGUAUGUCAACAGUAGACUCAUGUCUUGGUUAUCUGGGCAUCGCAGUCAUGGACACUGUGGCUCAGCGUGUACCUAUUGUUUUGCCCAGGUUAGGGACGUAUUGCUGCUUAUUGGCCACUUUUUUUUUUAAUUUGACAAGGGGUUGUGAUAUUCUGUAUGACUGGCCUUUCGGCAUCGCAGCGUACGUGACUCAAUGCAAAUAACAGGUUAUCUCCAUCUUGUGUUCAUUGCUAGGCCAUGGAUUGCCGGAUAAACGGUGUUUGACUGUGA